AUGGCCCCGCAAACUCCAGCCGUUGUCAUGGACAAUGGUACUGGAUACUCCAAACUUGGAUUUGCAGGCAAUGAUUCACCUUCCUUUGUAUUCCCAACCGCGAUCGCAACGAAAGGCCCAGGCGGUGGAGGUGGAAGUUCUGGCUCUGGCAGGCCAGCAGUAGCGAAUAAGCCUACCUUCUUGACCGGAGGCGCAGGACCACAGGGUCAUCUAAGUGCGAAGAGAGGGACGGAGGACUUGGACUUCUUCAUUGGAGAUGAGGCACUGAGCGCAGCUUCAGGACCCGGCUAUGGACUACACUAUCCUAUACGGCAUGGUCAGAUCGAGAACUGGGACCAUAUGGAACGCUUCUGGUCAAAUUCCAUCUUCAAGUACUUGCGAGUAGAGCCGGAAGACCACUACUUCCUUCUCACUGAACCACCGCUCAACCCACCGGAGAACCGCGAAGCCACCGCUGAAAUUAUGUUUGAGUCCUUCAACUGCGCCGGUCUAUACAUCGCCGUGCAAGCCGUCCUUGCCCUAGCUGCAUCCUGGACCAGCAGUAAAGUGCAAGACCGAUCACUGACCGGAACCGUCAUCGAUUCUGGUGAGGGUGUCACCCACGUCAUCCCAGUUGCGGAAGGAUAUGUCAUUGGAAGCUCGAUCAAGAGCAUACCUAUUGCUGGACGAGACAUCACAUACUUCGUGCAGUCACUACUGCGAGACCGUGGAGAGCCAGACAGCAGCUUGAAGACAGCAGAGCGGAUAAAGGAGGAGUUUUGCUACGUAUGCCCCGAUAUCGUCAAGGAAUUUGCACGUUUCGACCGCGAGCCGGCAGAGCGUUUCAAGCAGUACGAGGUCAAGUACCCGAACGGCAGGAGCGCCAUGGUCGAUGUCGGUUACGAACGAUUCUUGGCUCCGGAGAUCUUCUUUAACCCUGAGAUCUACUCAUCCGACUUCCUCACUCCACUGCCAAACAUUGUCGAUACCGUCAUCCAGACCUCGCCGAUCGAUGUUCGAAGGGGCUUAUACAAGAACAUUGUCCUUUCUGGAGGUUCUACACUUUACCAACAGUUCGGCCGAAGGUUACAACGAGACAUCAAGCACCUUGUCGAUGCGAGAAUUGCCCACUCGGAAGCACGUGCAGGCAACGCCGCCAAGUCAGGAGGUCUCGAUGUGCAGGUCAUUACCCACCGAAGACAGCGACACGGUCCAUGGUUCGGAGGAUCAUUGCUCGGCCAAACACCAGAGUUCCGAAGCUACUGUCAUACUAAGGCUGAGUACGACGAAAUAGGACCAAGCAUUGUGCGAAGAUUUGCUCUACUUGGAGGUCCCGGCUCCACAUGA